GCAGAUAAAUACGGAGGCGGCCGGAGCGAGGGCAGAGACAAGGAUCGGAGUGGCGGAGCAAGGGCGAAGGAGAUCAUAGUAGAGGAGGGGGAGAGCAAAGAAUAAUAGUAACAAUUUCUGUGUAGUCCUUUGGCUAGGGACAUUUCGCUUCCUAGGUAUCUUCGCUUGGGAGAAGAAGGCGAAAGGGAGCGCAAAGACAACUUUGGUUGCUGGAUUUCUUUGGCUGGCGAGGAUGCCUUUUCUGGGCCAGGACUGGCGCUCCCCGGGGCAGAACUGGGUGAAGACGGCGGAUGGUUGGACGAGGUUUCUGGCCGAGAGGGAGAACAGCAGCGGCAGCUUCGCCAGCGAGCGGAACAGGUGAGACCGGCGCGGAGAGACCCGGGUGCCUUGCGCGCUGCGUGCGCCUUUGGAGAGGCUUGCCCCACUUGCAGGUGGGGUGUCGUCCCCCCAACCCCGGACAUAGUUGCUAGCAAAUGCUGCCGCUGUUGUUGUUCUUGGGGCUGCCGAGUGGUAGCAGGCAGAGAGAUACGUGGCGUAUCACACAAACACACCAGUUUGCAUCUUUGCAAAAAAAGAAAAUUUGGCAAGCCUUGCUUUUUGCAAAGAACGCGCAGACAUGGCGGUUGUUUUCUUAACGAGGCCGUUGUUUCCCCGAGUGCAUCUCUGCCCGUGCGAGGCUGCAACGCCUCGGUUUGUGUUGUUCUUGGGGUUGUGGCGUCAUUGCGGGAAGGAGGAUCAUCUGGCGAGCUAAACCCUCUCCAGGAACCCGGAGGCGGAGGCAGGAGCGAGAGCGCAGCGCCCACCUCCUGCGGCGCUACCAGGAACGUGCCGCUUCCAGCUCUCCAGAUGUGACUCUCGGCCCGUUAAAUGCGUUCGCGCAUUUGCUCCGGAUUUCUUAAAAGCUAAAUGUCCGUCUUGCCCACCCAUCUAUUAUAUUUGGGGUUGGUUGGAGAGUGGAAGCAAAUCUGUGGGAUUGUGGGUCGGAGAACCACCAUUUUAUUAUCGCGAUAUGGAGGGAGUGGAGGGCUGUAUCUUAAGGUUGGUCCUACUCGGAGCAGACCUGUUAAAAAUAAUGGGCAUUACUAAUCUUGGGUCCAUUAACUUCAUUGGGCUUCUCUGAGUAUAGUUGGAUGGAACUCUGUGGGUGGGUUCAUAUAUGUCCCCAAGAACAAUUUGAUAUUAAGUGAUCAGGAGUAGGACUGGGUGUUUCCAGAAAUCCCGAGCCCUAAAAAGUCUCCAGAAAUCUUCAGUUGUCCUAGAGGCAUAUUCUGGCAAAAGCAACAACGGCUUUUUAAAAAGCAGGCAUAAACCUUCAUCAGUUCUGUUUGGCCCUCUUCUCUCAUCUUCUCCCAUUCUUUCCAUGAGGUUGCCACCCACCCAGAAUUUUUAUUGGGCCAGUUUGAAUUUGAUCAUCGGAAAUGUGAGACUCAAAGCUGGACAAUAAGCCCUUGCCGGACAGUUAUUGUUGUUAGUGAUCUUAGGUGUCACCUGUUCUGGUUGUAUCUUUGGCACCAUGUCACAACUUUUGUGCCUUCCAAAGCAGGUAUGUUGUGAACCUAAGUGCAUGCAUAUGUCCUCUGUUGCUGUUUCGAACUCUGCCCCUUGAUAAGAGGAUGAUGGAGGUGGUUGAUUGCAGUUGGUUUGCAUUCUGUGGCUCUGUCAUUGUGUGUGUGUUUUUCUCCUAGCUGCUGUGCAAGCACACCAGCCACCCCAGAACCUCGGCCUCUCUCCCCCAUGGCCUUCUGCCAGCCCUCAUCUGCCUACCUUCUUACGAGCAUCCAACCCAGGGGGUUCUAGUGCUCAUCAAUUUCCUCCUCCUCAGCCUCAGGUUGUCCUUGCAGAACUCAGCAGGGAGGAGGAUGGGGACAGAAGAACUAGAGUGAACUACAUUGCCACUCAUUGGCUCUGGCACCACCUAAUGUUCGUCUCCCUUCCCUCCACUCUAUCAGUCGCAGUGGGUAUCAGACACCACCUGCUUGCCCUUGUGCGCUAGGUCAGGCAUCCCCAAACUCAGCCCUCCAGAUGUUUUGGGACUACAAUUCCCAUCAUCCCUGACCACUGGUCCUAUUAGCUAGCGAUGAUGGGAGUUGUAGUCCCAAACAUCUGGAGGGCCGACUUUGAGAUGACCUAGAGCAGGCAUCCCCAAUCUUCUGGUCUCUGGAUGUUGCUGGACUACAACUCCCAUCAUGCCUGACCAUUGGCAAGGCUGGCUGGGGCUGAUGGGAGUUGGUGUCCAAUAACACCUGGAGGUUUUCAGGCUGCUUUGCAACAGGGAUCUCAUGGGACCACUACCAGCAGAUGGUGCAACACCAGAUUCCAAAGCACAGCAGGACAGACUGUUUCUGAACAGGCAAGGAAGCAUUCCCUUUGGGAAAAUAAUUCUGUGCAUGCUCAGAGACACUCAGCCUUAAAGUACCUUUUAAAAAUAAGUACCAGUUCUGUCCCACCUCCACCCAUUUCCCCACCUCUCAUACUCUAUCCAACCUUUGUCUUCUCCCCCAGGUUUUGUCCAGGAUGCUGCUAAGUCUCUCCAUGUUCCUGGAGACUGUUUGGUCUGAUGCAGCACACGCACACACACACACACACACACACACACAGAGUUUGUGCUGCUCUGCCUCCAUCCCUACCCAAAGUCCCUCAGUCACAGCAUACAGCUGGGCAAAAGUGCUUGAAAGUCUAAUAUUCUCAAAAUGUUGUUGCUUUGGUUCAGGGAAGCGAACAAUCCUGCAAAUUGCUUUCCUCGAAAACCAACUCCUCCUAGAACUUAAUGAGAAACUUAAAUAAUAAAUUGGCACACCAAAGAACAGAGGAGUUGGAACAGCAACAGAUAGCAACAGAUAGUUUUCCUGCUUGGCAGGGGGUUGGACUCGAUGGCCCUUGUGGUCUCUUCCAACUCUAUGAUUCUAUGAUUCUAGUAUGUCAGUUACUGAGGAAGCAGGUUAUCUGCUAAGCAUGAAUGCUGGAUAGCUCAGUUGGUAAAGCAUUAGGCUCUCAGGAAUCUCAGGUUCCUGGGUUCGAGCCCCACAUUGGGCACAAGAUUUCUGCAAUGUAGGGGGUUGGAGUAGAUGACCCUCGUGGUCCCUUCCAACUCUACAAUUCUACGAUUUGUAUGAAUUUUAUUCAUGAAUUAAAACACCCACCAGCCCCCAUAGCCCAUCAGUGAGGAUUCUUUUGAUGGAAGCUUGUGCAUGUUACAUUAUGCAGUUCACGGUGAGAAUUUUGCUUGACACACAGAUAUUUCCCCCCUGCUUCUGCCUAAAAUGCGCAGCAAACCAGGAUUUUAGAUGGAUGGUUUCUGCAUGAGAGCCAGAUUUUUUGUUAUUAGGGUUUUGGAGCUUCUUGGAUGGGUUCGCUGAGCAAGCAAGAAAAUGAAGAGAAAACAGAUACAACCCAGUCUGCAGCCUAGUUAGGCCACAACGUUUGGAUUUAAACUGACACAAAUCCCCUUCCAUUUAAUGGGGUUGCAAUCCUUUGCACGCCAACCUGCCUGUAGAUCCCACUGAACACAGUGGAGUUUACUUCUGAGUAAGGGAUAGAAUUGGACUGCCAAAGUUGCUCAUUUGGGUAGCUAGGCUUGCUGAAUUUAUUUUGGAAUACCUGCUUUUUGGAAACAGAGUUGCAAAACUAAAUGCAAGCCCUGAAUUUAGUCGGACUUUCAAAUUAGCAUUACAUUAUCUGGGAAGGAAGCAUGUCAGAUCUAACUAGGCAAUAUAGAUUGAGACUCCUGCCUGAUAAUUUUGGAAGGCUUGUUUCCUGUAACUUCUGUUUAUGCUUUCCAGGAAAACAUCAGUUUGAGUAAUGUAUGGGUUAGUUUUGCAAAAUCCUUGGUGGGUGGUUCUUUUGUUGAAACAUAAAUUUGUGGCAGCGGGAACACUGCGUCCCCAUUAGCGGGGUUGUGCUUCAAAACUUUCGCUCAGACGGGUAUCUGUUUAAUUACAAGAAAUCAAUACUGACAGUUCAAGUGGCCUCAGAACAUGCAGUAGUUAAGAUGUGGAACUUAACAAAAUGGGUUGAGUCUAUUUUUAAACUCGGAGCUCUCUUGGUUUACUGUGUUUAGUUAACAAAAGCCUUGGCUAUGGCAGGGCAUUCUGGUUUAUUUUGUUUGGCAUCUAACAGAAUGUUGGCCACUUAAGCAGAGGCCUGUAUUUGUUGCAUAUUAAAGGCUUCUGCCCGAAAAAAUGAAAUGUUGUUAAGCAAUGGGCCAUCGAGUUCCGGUAUCCUGUCUUCAGCAGGGACCGAUACUGAAAUGCCACAGAGCAGCUGUUUACAUUCUCCCACGAAACUAGUGGCAACUGUGAACAAGAUUCAUGAUAGAUUUGGUUGGACCAACUAUUGGUUUUAGGAUCUUUCACUUUGCUUGUGCAGCUUGCAGGGGAUUUCACAACCAAAUUAAAAACAAUUCUACUGUUAGUAAGCUGUAGCCCAAACUUUUUUGUCUAGGCUGCUCAUUUUGCUAAAAGUUUGCAUUGCUCAAUAUUACUACCUCUACUGAGAAAGUGAACCCAGGUUUUUUGUUUUUAAUUCCUGGCUUUUGAAACUGCAAAGGCAAAACUAAAAGCAACCACUUUUGGAUUAGACGUGAGUGGCAACAGUAUGACAUAGCACAUGGGAACGGUGCCCUGAUCAUUUCUUUGUCAUUCGCUUGGCAUCUCUCACUGCUUAAACAUGCCAUCUGUCAAAGCAUGCCUUGACACACCAGUCUUUGAGCCCUUGUGUGAUGCUCCACCGACUCCUUGUGCAACAGUAGCUCAUCCAUAUGAAAUAGACUGGAAGGAAAAGCCUUGCCUUGGGGCUGUGCUGAUUUUCACAGUUUGAAAAAGAAAACUGGCUAGAUGUGGGCUCUUGCACAACAAGAGAAGUUAGGUGCACAGCUGCCAAAGUAUUAAAUCUCUAUAUCAAAGUUAGAGUGCAUUGCGGUGGCAUUGCUAGGGAUGAGGAAGGAAUUAUGGCUGGCUGUUUGGAGAGACCACUGCUUGGCCCUGGUUCUAACCCUCCUGUAGGAAGAGGCAGCAGAACCGUAGCUAGGUGAUCUUGCGCCCCUGGCAGAACCGUCCAGAUUGCGCCUCCUAGGUAAUGCGGCACAGAAAAAAAAUAGGGGAAAACAGGGCCCCUGCAUAACAUAUACUGUAAGGUAAAGGGACCCCUGACGAUUAGGUCCAGUCGUGGACAACUCUGGGGUUGCGGCGCUCAUCUCGGUUUACUGGCCGAGGGAGCCGGUGUACAGCUUCCGGGUCAUGUGGCCAGCAUGACUAAGCCGCUUCUGGUGAACCAGAGCAGCGCACAGAAACAGUGUUUACCUUCCCGCCAGAGCGAUACCUAUUUAUCUACUUGCACUUUGACGUGCUUUCGAACUGCUAGGUUGGCAGGAGCAGGGACUGAGCAACGGGAGCUCACCCCUUCGCGGGGAUUCGAACCGCCAACCUUCUGAUUGGCAAGUCCUAGGCUCAGUGGUUUAACCCACAGCACCACCCGUGUCCCAACAUAUACUGUGAAGACCCUCUAUUUAAAACCUUUUUCUUAUGAGGCAAUAAUUGAUAUUUUUAUUUAUAGACAUAUUUAGGGAAAUAUUUUCAGCAGAUAUUGCAUCCCCUCCUUGUCUGUGCCCCUGGAGGGGGGUCUUCCUCGCCUGCCCGGCCCUGAGAGGCAGGAUUGCCACUUUGGAAAUAUAGCGGAAGGAACUGUGGCUUGUGGGGUGGCUAGAGCACAUGCUGCAUGCAGAAAACCACAGUUUCAAAGCCUGGCAUCUGCAGCUCAAGGAAUCAGGUGACAUUUAUUGGGAAAGAGCUCUCCAGAGUUGCUGCAAACCCAAGUAAGCAACCCUGGGGUAAUUGAUAGACACUGCUCAGUCUGCUUCUCGUGAUUCAAGUUGCUUCCCUGCGCGUUGAAAUCUCUGUAGAAACCUUCUCCGUAACCUCUGCGGCAUAAAUUUGCCCCUGGCACCUCAAGAUGGGACUGUUAACAAGUUCCAGGUCACAUCACAUGACAUUGGGCAAUAAAGCGCUGUUGAAUCAUCUGAUCCGGUGACAUUUCUAUGUCCUAGUAACGUAGCCCAGUAAACAGAGAUACAGUUUCUACUGAAGAUAAGGAGUGGGUGACGUUUGCUUUGGGGAAAACACAAAGAGAUGAGAAGGGGAUGGGGGUAGGGUGAGGGUUCCUUGGACAACGCAGCAGAACUGUAGCUCCUUCGGGUUUCAAAUAGCACCUGUUCUCUUCAAUUGUUCUCUAUUGCUGCACCAUCAGUUUAUAAGCCAAGCCAAACAGUAUAUUACUGGACACUUCCAUAAAUACCUCUGCUUUCUGGGCAUUUUCUGAGGAGCUGUCUGAAAACCGUGCCUUUCUGGAUUAGCCAGAAUCAAUUCUUCACACCUGUGGUGUUAGGAAUUUCCCUGUGCAUACGCAUAGACCUGGUCAAUUCCCCACACCUGUGGCGUUAGGUAUUUUCUGUUCUGUAUUUGAUCCGAUAAUUUGAUUCCUCCUGCGAUUGCAUAAACGAAGGGCUGGAAAUAACCCUAAACACUUUAUACAGUAGUACCUUGGUUUAUGAACUUAAUCCAUUUCGGAAGUCCGUUCUUAAACCAAGGCUUGCUUUCCCAUAGCAGCAGGGGACUCAAUUUACAAAUGGAACAUACUCAACAGGAAGCGAAACAUGUUCUGCUUCCAAGGCAAAUUUCACAAACCAAAACACCUACUUCCGGGUUUGCAGCGUUCUUAAUCCAAGUUGUUCAUAAACUAAGCUGUUCUUAAACCAAAGUACCACUGUACUGUGAUUUGCAGAUCAGGCUCUUUCAAGUAAGGAAGCAGUCUUAAGUCUGUUACUACAAGAAUAACAGAGUCUUGAUUUGAAAGACCAGUGGGUUUAUUGUGACAUAAACUUUUGUGGAAUUGGAGCCCAUGAAAAUAUAUUGGUCUCUGGCACCUAAGAACAGAGGUGCACAUCUAGUUGGGUACACGGGUCAGGGAUCUCUGCUAUAAACCCACAGUUCCGCCUUCCAGCAGAACAGUUGAGCUACAACCAAAUUAUAUAAAGUCGUACCUUGGAAGUUGAACGGAAUCCGUUCAACUUCCAAAAUGUCUGAAAACCAAAGUGCGGCUUCUGAUUGGCUGCAGGAAGCUCCUGCAGCCAAUGGGAAGCCACGGAAGCCCCAUCUCACGUUCGGCUUCCAAAAAUAGUUCACAAACCAGAACAGUCACUUCUGGGUUUGCAGCGUUUAGGAGCCAAAACGUUUUUUCUGACCACUAGAAAUCCAGCUCAGCCCUCCUUCCCAACCAGGAAUGUCUUCUGAGAUUUACAUUUCAUUCCUUUUUUCUUCUUCAGCCUUAAGGACUAGAAGAAACUGGGCAGGGUGGGGGUGAGGAGCUGGAUUUUACACAGAGUAUACCUUCUUCUGAAUUUACACCUUGCAGUUACAGAGCUUCAAGGCACCCUGCUGACCACAUUGUGUCCCACAGUGUCAUUUUUAAUAUGCACAUGGCUGCAUCAACACAAGUUUGAAUCCCAUGCUUCACUGGAAGCCAGUACCAAAAGUGCUGAUCCCAUGCAGUUAAGAGUUUCACUAGUUUAAUGCAGAAGUGGACAACCUGUGGCCCUCUCGAUAUUGUUGGGCCCCAACUCCGGUCAGCCCCAGCCAGAAUGGCCAGUACUCCGGAAUGAUGGGAGUUGAAAUCCACAAAAUCUGCACAGCCACAGGUUGCGCACCUCUGCCUUAAAAAGAGCGUGGCUGAAAAUCUAGUUGCGCCAUAGGUUUGUAUAACAGCAUUAUGAAAUUGGUAGCUUUAUUUAUAGUUCCCUUCCUAUUGAUCCCUAGCAGAGCAUUCACCUUUUUCACAGCUGCCACACACUGGGUCAAUAUAUUCACUACUACGACCCCAAGGUCUUGUUCCUGGUGAGUUGCUGUACACUUCAGACCCCAUGAGCGCAUAUGUGAAAUUAAGAUUAUUCAGUUGUUGCCAAAACAAGCAAGAUCUUCAGUAUUAGGUGACUGAUCUCUGUUAUGCUGUACGUUAGUAAAGGACCAAGUCGUUUUCUUUGGGUAUUUGUUUGUAUUACUUUGAGGCAGUCAAGAAUGAAAUUUAAUAUAAAACUCCAGCUCUGGCCAGGAGAUUCUGCAGUAGAGGCAGCUGUCUAAAGAUGACUCUGAACAGGAUCUUGUUACAAAUACAAGAAGGAAUGUGAUAUCUUUCUGCAGCAGAGCAUUAUUUUGUUGUACUUCCCGCUCCCCCGUUCUCCAUUUAGACAAGUUUUUAAAAUAGUUUACGACCCAAGCAUUAAGCAUGCUGUAAUGAAACAGAUUGCUAUGCAAAUAAGUACAACUUGUGCAUGUAGUUGUAGAAUUGUAGAUAGAACUGCAAUGUGGUUACCCUGAUGUAAUUAUUCCACUCCACUGGAAAGAAAAGCCAUUGUGGGGGUGCUGGGGGUGUGUGUGUACAUGGACACACAUUUUGCAGGUGGUUUACUGAAAUCCUUGGGAGCAAUGCUGCAGUCAAGGGUGUGUUGAAACUUUCAGUUCUGUCACUUUAUUGGCUGAACCCAACUUCCAUUUCAGGGACGCGGGUGGCACUGUGGGUUAAACCACAGAGCCUAGGACUUGCCGAUCAGAAGGUCGACGGUUCAAAUCCCCGUUACGGGGUGAGCUCCCGUUGCUCGGUCCCUGCUCCUGCCAACCUAGCAGUUCGAAAGCACAUCAAAGUGCAAGUAGAUAAAUAGGUACCGCUCUGGCGGGAAGGUAAACGGCGUUUCCGUGUGCUGCUCUGGUUCGCCAGAAGCGGCUUAGUCAUGCUGGCCACAUGACCCAGAAGCUGUACGCCGGCUCCCUCGGCCAAGAAAGCGAGAUGAGCGCCGCAACGCCAGAGUUGGUCAUGACUGGACCUAAUGGUCAGGGGCCCCUUUACCUUUACUUUAACUUCCAUUUCAGAGCAAUUCUUCACUGGCUUUGUAGUAUAAAGUAAUAAAUUGUAAUGGAAGAGCGAUGUGAACUAUGGGCGACUGUCUGCCCCCUUGUAACAUUAAUCUACAGCAGGCAUAGGCAAAUUCAGCCCUCCAGAUGUUUCGGGACUACAACUCCCAUCACCCCUAGCUGACAGGACUGGUGGUCAGGGAUGUUGGGAACUGUAGUCCCAAAACAUCUGGAAGGCCGAGUUUGCCUAUGCCUGAUCUACGGGGACUCCAAAGGGUGUGGAGGUCUAAGAAAAGGACAUUAGAUUGAGAUCUGCUGAUUGAUAAUCUCCCCCCCCCAAUAGAUGAUCAGCCACAGAUUGGGAAAGAUUGCAGACUCCCCAAUUGUUCAACAUUUAGCAGCAACAAACAAAAUCUUCCUGCCCCACAACCAUCUGGCAAACAAUAGCUCGAAAUCCUUAACUGUAGUCUCCCAGAUGUAGAUUUGUACUGUGAACCUUCAUUUUGCAUUUGGCUAACCUGUGUACAACCUUGCUUUUGGUUCUGACUCGCGUUGGCCCUCAGGGUGUGAGCUUGGCAGGAUGUUUAAGACAACCAUUCUAGGCUAGAUUCAAAGGGGCAAUUCAACCCCACAACAGACUUGUGAAUAGAGAGGACCAUUCCUAAAUUGCCUUGUGGCCAAGUGAGAUAGACCUGUAUAGAAAAAUGGUUUGGAAACUGCAGCCUUAAAGUUGUUCUACAAGUGCAGUUCAGCUUGUAGUACAGAGAUCUCUGUCAGAAUCACUUUAGGCUGAAAAUGGAAAUAGUAUGUUUUUAGUGUUUCCCAUAGGGAAUAAACUCCCUGCGAUUAGAAAAAAGUAGCACAGCGGGUAGAAGACUACACCAGAACAUUUCUUCCUCGCAUCCAAGUUCCGUUUGGGCGUUGAGCAUUUUUUAUCUUCGUAUCCCUUGCAGUGUAUAGAACUUUUCAUAUUCCCACAUUGCUCUCCUUAGCUAUCCUUGACCUGCUGAAGCUCCUCUCCCGACACAGUAUUAUUUGCAGGCCUUGCAAAAUAGGUCUGACAAUAGACAGAUGCCUGUAACCUGCGUGUGUCCCUGCCUGAGGACAUCUCAUGGCACAAGCAGGAAGCGAUGACAUCAGGUGAGCAGGAGGAGGUUAAAGAAAGGGCACUGAUGUUGCACCCAGGUCACGAGGUUCGUUAUGCAACUGCUACUUAAUUAUGGGUGUAAUUGCCUCCUCGUUCCAUUUUUCAUCAGGACAGUCUAUAAAAGUGUCACUGGAGCUUGUCCUGAAAGUGAGAACUCCUGGUACAUUUCCUGAACGUGCAAGGGUGUGUACAGGAAAGGAAGUUUGCUCUACGGUUCAUCUUGUUUAUAUAAAAGAGCAUUUAAAUAAAAUUCUUUCAGAUGUGUAGGACACGGUUGGUGCCAACACCUAGUAGACUGAAUCAGAUUUGGAGCAGACUUAAUUUCCUAUAGAAAUCUAUUUGGUCCCUUGAGGUCCAAUGUGCCAACUUAAAAACUGUGUACAGUCAUACCUCAUGUUGCGUCCGCUUCAGGUUAUGUGUUUUCGUGUUGUGUCCCAUGGCAAGUACCGGAAUGGGUUACUUCUGGGUUUCACUGCUCACGCAUGUGAGAAGCGAUAAAUCAUGUCGCGCGUGUGCACAGAUGCAGCUAUUCAGCUUGCGUCAGUUCCUUGUUAUGGACGGGCCUCUGGAACGGAUCCCGUCCGUAACAUGAGGUUCUACUGUAUGUUGCAGUAGCUGCCCAGAAGCUAUUUCUCUUCUUCCAAUUCGGCCCCAAUAACAUUUACUUACCAACUAAGUGUCAGGAGCUCAUCCUACACUUGAGUAGGACCCUGGCAGAGACACAUGCCUGACUGGCAUGUUCUCUCCCUCCUAGUCAUUCGUUUGGGAGCUUCACAAGCUUUCUUCUGCCCAAACAUCACAGCAACCGAUGCCAACAGACAUUGGCACACUUAGGGAUCCGCAGAGUGUGCACAGUUCACAUACAGACCUCAGCAACUCAGCAUUUUGGCUAAUCUACUUUAUUUACAUAUAAACACACACAGAGCACUGCAACAUGGCUCCCUCUCUCUCUAGCAUCAGACAGCAAAGAGCGAGAACAAAGGACAAUAGUCCCACUUCAUGGAACACAGUGACGCAAACAUCCUGUCUCCGUCACUUCCCACUCUGUGGAGUCAAAACAUACACCAUCAUGUGAUAGACAACAAUCCCAUGACUGCAAUCACGGAACAGGAAUUCUAACAAUAAGUUUCUGAGAUAAUCUCUAGGAACAUCUUUGGGUGUCUUCCUGGAUUGGUGAGACUUGCCUAAUGGCAAUACAAAAUUGAGCCUUCUGCCUUAUGGCCCAGUCUUGUGGAAAGCUCUUCCAACAGAUUCAGCCAGUAUCUUCAGUUCUUUCCCCAGUAAUUUACCCAGACCCUCUUUUUUCCCUCGACCCUCAAUGUGUAUAUAUUAGGACCCACCUUAUUUCUAUGAUUGUUAGUUGUUUUAAACUGCUUUUAGUACUGUGUUUUAAUGCUGUGAGCGUAGGGUGAGAGAUGGAUAAAUAUCAACAACAACAGCAACAACAACUUCUAAACAUUUGGUGGGAAGCCUCCUUGAAUUGGGGGGUCAUCUUCUGAAGUGGGAAGCCUCUUGCACUCAAUGGAGGUCCUAUUGGUGUGAACCCUGAAAGGACCUAGUCCUAAAUCACACAGAGAGACUGAACCUUUUGUGGGCGAGGGAGCGGAGAGCAGCGCAGAGUGUCCUUCUUGCCCUUCUUCCUAUUUGCAUGUUGCUUUUACACAGGAGUAGAACUUAAGAAGUUAGUGGCCUAAGUUGUGGUUAACUCAACCUACUGAUUUCAAAAGGACAGAAGUUCAGUUAACUUGGACAGGGUCCAAUCCAUUAUCUCAGGAUAAUGGCUCAGGACCGCAAUACCUCAAGCACUGCCUCUUUCCAUAUGAACCUCCCCGGACCCUAAGAUCAUCUUCUGAGGCCCUCCUUCGUGUGCCUCCUCCUUGAGAGGUGCAGAGGGUGACAACACGAGAAUGGGCCUUCUCUGCAGUGGCUCCCCACCUGUGGAAUGCUCUCCCUAGGGAAGUUUGCCUGGCGCCUUCAUUACACACCUUUAGGCGCUAGGCAAAAACAUUUCUUUUUAACCAGGCCUUUGGUUGAUCGGUUUGGCAUCCUAUACCCUUUUAAAAUGUGUCUUUUUUCUGGGGAGGGGUGUUAUUGGGUUGUUGUUAUUCUGAUUGUAUAUGUUGUGAUCUUUUCUAUGAACCACCCUGAGACCUCCAGGUCUAGGGCGGUAUAUAAACUCGAUAAAUAAAUAAUAAUAAUAAUAAUAAAAUAUCAAACUGGCAGAGGGAAGCAUAGGGCAAGGUAGCCUCUCUGGGUGUUCUAAGUGGGGAAUUCCCAGAGAGCAGUUGACGUCGGACAUUACAAGGCUGCUGCUGCUCACUGCCUUUGAUGAUCUCACCCACAUAAGUGACUGGACCACAAACCAGAGCCUCACAUGAUAUUCUUAAGGUGUGGGAGUGUUCAUGAAGGAGGAGCUGUUUCCUCGAGUAUUCAAAACCCAAGUUUUAGGGAAAGGAUCUGUUCUUCCUGGUGUUGCUGGACUGCAACUCCUGCCAGCAAUAUAGGAGCAGUGGUCCAGAAAUUUCUGGACGGCUACCUGGAGAAAUGGUCGAAUUUGUCCAUUUUGGUUUCUCUGGGUUUCCUCAUUUUUCCCAGUCUUAAAUUCGGUUCUUCACAUUUCUGCAUCAACUUGCACUUUUUUUUAAAAAAAGAAACCUGUUUGAAAAUUCACCAGCGUUUUAGAGUGACUCUCUCCUUCACAUAGGCAGGUUUGUGUGCAAUUUUGCCUACUAGACACAUUUUGGCAAAAGCCAUUUCCCCGAACGGAAUACAUUUUUGUAUGUUAAAUUGCACUAAUGUGUGCAUUUUGAUGUACACUUCCCCCCCCCCCAGCAUAUGCAUUAUUGCACACAUUACUUUGCUGGAAAACCACGCUGCAAAAUUCAGAGAACUGUGAAUCUUGGAAACUGGUUCUGUUGUGCUUCUCGUAUUGUUUCAGAAAAUGUGAAUUGGGUAGAGCCAGCUUUCAAUGUGAACUGGAUCGAAUUUCUCCUCCAUCCCUCCCGCAGGUUCCCCAUCCCUGCUUUUAGGAACUAGAUCUCUUUGAAACAGACCCAAAAGUUAAUAGGCUGCUGAGGCAAUCUUGUCUCAUAUAUUGACUUAACUGUUGGUGUUUGUAUUCCAGACUCCUCUUAAUGGAGCUGGGGAAGAGAUAAGUCUGAUUGCAGAAGAGAUUAAACCUUUCUCCUUCAUUUUCUGGUGUCAUCCCCAGUUACUGCCGAAAAGACGACUACAAUAAGGAGAAUAUUUUGAAUAGCAUGAACUGUGAUGUUGCUGUGAAGAAGAGAAAGAAGGACCAGCUGAACAACAAGACAAAGAUUCAGUGUAAGGCUGGGUAGAUACUUUUAUUUUAAUAACAAUAAACAGCUGUGUUUGGAGAGGGGGCGGGAGAAAACCCAAACUUCUCGCUCCGUGAAUUGACCUCUGACCCUGGAGAGGCUUUUCACUUAUGCUUUGACCCUUAGCCGGAGAACUUGGAUCCGUUGCAAUGUAGAAUCUUAUGCCUGGGAUCUUUGCUCUGUGUUUAUCACUUGUAUUUGGCAGAGGGGGAAGCGAUCUGUUUCCAACUUCUCCCUCCCCCCAGCCCACUUGGCAGGUACAUAACCCCACAGCUUGAACCAGUCCCCUUCCCCAAUGUUCUUUAAACAUGCACCCCCGAAACCACAAGAUGGUGUCUAAAACCAGAUGGGGGAGAGGGAAUAAAACCAUUCACUUGAACCCUUUCAAAGUGGGGGACUCUCUGUCUAAUCAGACUGCCUAGAGCAGCCUUUCUCAACCUGUGGGUCCCCAGAUGUUGUUGAACUACAACUCCCAUCACCCCUAGCUAGCAAUGCCAGAGCUCAGGGAUGAUGGGAGUUCUAGUCCAACAACAUCUGGGGACCCACAGGUUGCGAACCGCUGUCCUAGAGUCUUAUUUAAUGGCUCGUAUCCAGUUGCAGUGCUGUGCAAGGAUCCCCACUUGCGCAAUGGGACUUUCCUCCCACUCUCCUUGCCCCCACAUCCUCCCCAAAUCUCCCAGGGGUUGGGGGAAUUCCAGAAAAUAUGAUGGGGGAUGUAUUUGAGGAGAAGAGACGAGAUGGCCUCUUGUGGAAGCGGGAAUCCUUGUGCUGGCGGUAUGAUUUAGUGCUGUGUUGGAUAUGCGCCAGUGUCUCUGCAAUUCCUGAGAGAGCUAAAUAUCUUCCAGCUUUGAGCUUGGCUUAGGGAGGGUUGACUCACCAUGGAGGUCAAAGCUUUUGCGCCUACAACCCAGAGUGGGUUCCCAACACACCAUGCCCAAAGAAAAAGUGCUUCCAAAGGCUCAUGGUCUGCCCUUGAGGAAUCCCAAAGCCCCGCCACCUCUCCUGUUCAUUAUUAUUAUUAUUAUUUUGUUCUUGUUAAAAUGUAAGCACCGAUGGAAAUUCUGCAGCUAAGGUGUUGCCACAGGGAAUUCCAGGCCACUGCUCCUCUCCAAAUUUUGAGGGCAGGGGAACUAUCAAGAAGGCCCUCUGCCAAUCUAAACACCCGAGAGGGUCUGUGUGGAAGUAUGUGGUGGUGUAUUAAACUCAUUCGUCCAUGAGGCCUGAUGCAAACCAGGAUGGUGGUGGCUGUUGGCAAGCAAUGACAGACUGAAGCAAAUUGGGGCGAGGGUCAUAACUUGCAUGGUUUUAAAUCAAGAAAAUGUGGUUUCAUUUCCACAGAUUUUCACCAAGAAAAGUGGAUUUACGUGCACAAAGGAAGCACGAAAGAGGUGAGUAUCCCUUAUUACGUGAAACAUAGUAGCUUUGCUCAAAAUUGUUAUUUAAAACUGCCUAAAAUAGCCCAUUUACCAUAACCAAAAUGGCUUAGGGCUGAGUCAACAAUCGUUCUUGGCAUGUUCUGGGUCAUUUCUCAACCAACCUAAGUAUGAGUAAAGGUAGAAGUGAACGUGGCCUGUUGCAUCGUAUUUUGACUUUUGACUUGGCAUAUCCAGAGAACUACCCACUGCAAGAAGAUCGCAACUUUACCAGUUCAGCCCAGAAACGCAUUAUUCUCUUGGCGCCUCUGGAUUGCCUUUUUUUUAUCCUAUUUGCUAAAAUUAUAGAUAAUCUGUUUAAGGGUUCGUCUGCACCUCCUGCUUGACCCAUGCAAGGGGUUUCCUCCCUGUCAUGCUCCUUUCCCAGUGAAAACCCGCUCUUGAGCUCUAUAUUGGAGCAAUCGUCAAUCCAGAGAAACCCCAAAUUGCUGUUUGCUCCAAUUGAGCACUAAAGAGUGGUUUUCCCCAGGAAGGGAGCAGAGGAACAAGAGGAAGUGUGGAUAUGCCUUAAGUUCAUGGACACUAGAGGCUGAUGUGAUGGCACCAUAGCUCAGUUGAAGAGCCACGUGAUCUGCUUGCAGAAGGCCAUGGGUUCAAAUCCUGCAGUCUCCAGUUAAAUGAAUGUGUAGAAGGUUAUGCAAAAGAUCAUUCAGUAUCUGAGAUCCUGGACGGCCGUUUCCAGUCAGAAUGAAAGAUACUGGGCUAAGAGGACAAAUAAUGUCACCCGUUAUAAGGUAGCUUCUAUUUGUGGUUUGACUCAGAGAAGAUAAGCCCGCUGGUUUAUAUCCAAUUGCUCCAGAUGUGGAGCUUGAAAGAAUAUCUCUGCCCUAGGAAUUCUUGAACCAUAUUAAGGUGUUGGGAGGCGGGAAAGGGAAUCACAAGCGCUUGGUCAAUCUCUGGUGAGGGCAAGCAAGGAAUCCAGUUCCUUUGGAAUCCAAACUCGGCCUGUAGUUUUAAGAGCAUGCCGCUGCUGCCUGUGUUCCAGAUCCUGAGUACAAAUGAAUCACUUGUGUUAUUCCUCUCUUUCCCCACCCACCCUCCUCUCAGCGACAUGGCUAUUGCACUCUUGGAGAAGCGUUCAAUAGGCUGGAUUUCUCAAGCGCCAUCUUAGACUCGAGGAGAUUCAACUACGUCGUACGGGUGAGUGUUCACCAACGACUUGCACUGCUGAAUUGUUAAAUCUAGCUGCGGCUUUCAGGUAAUCCAGGGGUGAGACAGAAAACAACCUGUGUCUGCAUAGCAUAGCCUUUUAAAUUGUGUUUUUCUUUUUAAGAGUAGUCUCGUUGAUUUUUGUGGACAUCAUCCUCGAUUUAAGAUCACCAGUGUGCGCUUCAGACAAACUUCGCAUGUGUUGAGUCUUAACUGAAUUGCCACAGGCUACAAUAAAAAAAAAAUCCAUUGCCACUUAACUCCACCCUUUUUUACACUGGGGGUUAAACCACAGAGCCACUGCUUUUUUACCCUGUGGGUUAAACCACUGAGCCUAGGACUUGCUGAUCAGAAGGUCGGCGGUUUGAAUCCCCGUGACAGGGUGAGCUCCCGUUGCUCGGUCCCAGCUCCUUCCAACCUAGCAGUUCGAAAGCACAUCAAAGUGCAAGUAGAUAAAUAGGUACCCCUCCGGUGGGAAGGUAAACGGUGUUUCCGUGCGCUGCUCUGGUUCGCCAGAAGCGACUUAAUCAUGCUGGCCACAUGACCCGGAAGCUGUACGUCGGCUCCCUUGGCCAACAAAGCGAGAUGAGCGCCGCAACCCCAGAGUCGGUCACGACUUGACCUAAUGGUCAGGGGUCCCUUUACCUUAGUAUGUACUUAGUAGCUGAGGGUCAAACUCCAUGCAUCUCAUGAAGUAGGUUCUAGUUAACAAAAGCUUUUGGCCGUAAGAAACUGUGUUACUCCUUAAGGUCCACAAGACUCUCUCUCGCCUUUUGCUGCAACAAACUUAACAUGGCUACCUCCUGGAAUUUUUAAAAAAUAUUCCUUUCUUUUUGUGUGUUGCGUGAACACAACAAAGUUGCUUACAGUGGAGAACUGCACAAUAUAUACCAAGCAGGCAAUUUGCUCCCCCCUUGUCUGACUCACCACCUGGAAACUUGCCACGAUCCAUCUUGGUGUCACUCUGACUCCUAACUCUUCAGUUCAACUACUGCCCUUUUUCACUGACAUGUGAUCUUUUUAAAAAUGGAGUUGGCAGAACAACAGGAAGGGCAUGGCGUUUUAGGAAACAGCCUGCCCUCCACCUGCUUUUCAGAUCAGAAUUGAGCAGAGAAGAUUGGCUUUGGUGUAAUAAGGGAACACACCAGCCUUUCCCAACCUGGUGCCCUCUGGAUGUGUUGGACUGCAACUCCUAUCAGCCAGCAAAGCAAUAAUCUUGCCUUACAUGUCUGUCUGUCUCUGUCUCUGCAAUACCGUGGUACCUCGGGUUAAGUACUUAAUUCAUUCCGGAGGUCCGUUCUUAACCUGAAACUGUUCUUAACCUGAAGCACCACUUUAGCUAAUGGGGCCUCCUGCUGCCACCGCGCCGCCAGAGCCCGAUUUCUGUUCUUAUCCUGAAGCAAAGUUCUUAACCUGAAGCACUAUUUCUGGGUUAGCGGAGUGUGUAACCUGAAGCGUAUGUAACCUGAAGCGUAUGUAACCCGAGGUACCACUGUAAUAAUAAUAAUUAAUAAUUAUUUAUACCCCGCCCAUCUGGUUGAGUUUCCCCAGCCACUCUGGGCAGCUUCCAACCGAAUAUUAAAAACAAUACAGUGUCAGACAUUAAAAACUUUCCUAAACAGGGCUGCCUUCAGUUGUCUUUUAAAAGUAAAACAGUUGCUUAUCUCCUUGACAUCUAUCUGGUAGGGGGGCGUUCCACAGGGCAGGCACCACUACCGAGAAGGCCCUCUGCCUGGUUCCCUGUAACCUCACUUCUUGCAGCAAGGGAACCGCUAGAAGGCCCUUGGCGCUGGACCUCAGUGUCCGGGCUGGAUGAUGGGGGUGGAGACAUUCCUUCAGGUAUACAGGACCGAGGCCGUUUAGGGCUUUAAAGGUCAGCACCAACACUGUCUCUGUCUCUGUCUCUGUGUCUCUCUCUCUCUCUCUCUCUCUCUCUCUCACACACACACACACACACACACACACACACACACACUACUUCCACUGCAGUUUGAAUCCAGUUUCUUAAUUCUCCAGAAGAUUAAUUUCUCUGUACAGUGGCACCUUGGUUCUUGAACUUAAUCUGUUCCAGGAGUCCAUUCAACUCCCGAAACCGUUCGAAAACCAAGGUGCGGCUUCCGAUUAGCUGCAGGAGCUUCCUGCACACAAGUGGAAGCCGCGUCUGAAGUCUGGCUUCCGAAAAACGUUCGCAAACUGGAACACUUACUUUCGGGUUUGCAGCAUUCAGGAGCCAAGCCGUUCGAGUACCAAGGUGCCACUGUAUUCAAAUGUAUAAAGAUAAAAGAGCCCUCAAAAUGGCUUAGAAAACAAUUUCUAAAAAAUAUUAAAUCAGCAGUUAUAAGAAACAGAAUAAUAUAGCAAUAGAUAAAAAUUAAACUGCAGGGGAAAGUUCAAACAAAAUUAAAAAAUAAAAUUGAGGACAAUAUUAGCAGCAUGUAAUGUGUGGAAUGGAUCUUCGUUCUUUAGGCCAUUUCCGAAGUCCUUUAUUUUUCUCUGCACUAAGAUUAAUACAUGUAGAAAUUGCAGCAUUUAAGAAUUCACAAAAGCGUGUGUUUCUCCAGCCAAUCCUCUAACUUCCUGGAGCCUCGGAUACUGAGUGGUACCUAGAAGUUGAAAACUCUCUAAUUCAAACUGGCUGUCGGUUUGGCAGAGAGAAAACGAAACCUUCCAUCCCAGCACCGCAACUCAAACAAGAACACUGUGUUAAAAAUGAAUUGAUCCUAUCAGCCAAGUCCCUGGUGAAUAAUAGCUCACGUCAUAGAUACCACAUAAAUGGCUGAGCAGGGUGUGUGUGUGUGUGUGUGUGUGUGUGUGUGUGUGGAAAACCUCUGCUAUGCCUGGAGUCAUUCACUUGCAAGGCAGAAGAAGCAGCAAAUGACUGCUGUUUUGUGACUAACCCUCCUAUGGCUCAAGCCGUGUCUAUGGGACUGGCAGGCUGGCUUUAGCUGUUGGGCCAGAGGGUUUUUUUGGCCGGGGGGGGGGGGGAGGCAAAGUUUAAAAAAGAGCAAAGUUCUGGCACUUUUCCAGUGCUUCUGGUGCAAUUUGGAUAAGGAGUAUAAUUUGGAGGAAUGCAAAUGGUUGGUGGGUUUAUCUUUUUGCAAACCACUUUGAAAUUUUUUUCUCUUUUCUUUUUAAACUAUCAAGUAAUGCAUAAAUUUUAUGAAAUAAAUACAUUCCCCACCCACCCCACAACUAGAAGCUGCUUCUAUAUAUCUAUAUCUGUAUCUAUAUCUAUAUCUGCAUACUUAGAGUUCAUGUUUGUUGAGCAGAGCAAUAGAGAACAGUCCAUACAAGAUUUUACCACUUCAAACAUGUGUCCGUCAAGUUGCAUGCUUAAAAGCAUUCUUACACAAUUUCCCUGUGCAUUAAUAGCAAACGUAUAGCUUAAAAGGCCAUAUUGCAGGUGUUAAUAUUGUGCAGCUUGAAGCAGCUGGAUGCAUGAAAACUGACUCCUUUUGGAAGAAAACUUUGUCCAGACCCAUUAGAUAUUACUCAAAGCUUUACUUGCAGAACUUUCUUCAAAAGAGAACAAAAGCAAUCAAAGAUAUUUGCAAAUAAUUCCAUUGGACACGUGCCUUCCAAGGCACAGGUUCAGCAUCUUCCUAGGAAUAAAAUAACGUAUAAUCAGAGCUGAGAAACAUAGCUCUCUUUCACACAGGUGCCAUUAGCCUGCAUUCCAGCCCCAAGGCUGUUGAGCUCCUGGAGUGAUUCAUUUGCACCUCCUUUUCCCACGGAGCCCGGGAACAAAAGACAAAAACCAGCUCCCCAAGAUGGUGAUUUGCAAUUCAAUGCCUCUCAUGUGAUCUAAGGUUAAACACUCACGUGUUAGCUAGCAGAGAACAACAGUAGUUAAUUAUCAAACUAUCUAGGAGCUCAGAGAGCUUAAUGGAAAAUCCACAUGUUGAAGCCUUCAGUAAUACACACAGUCAUGCUCCAUUUCAGUAUGAAUUGAGCAAUUAUACUUAACAGGCCGGACUAUAAGAUGAAAGCCUAUUUGGCGAGGUAAUCACACCUCCAUAGGUGCCUCUCCUGUUUUGAGUCCUAGAAAUAAAGCCAGUUAGCUAGAAUGGAAGCCACUUUAUUUAAACCUGAGCCCGAGUGUAUCCUUUUCUUUCCUCCCCCCACCCCCUGCCCUGCAAAACUGUCCCAUUUCAGACAGCUUUGCUUGCUGUCUGGGGUGUUAUGUACAGGCAGAUGACAGUGACAGAUUCCUUACUCCAGAAGAAUUUGCCGUGUGAUGCGCUCUUAAGCAAUGUUCUGCAAGCGCUCACUCGCCCGCACCGCAAAAGCGGGAGAAAGAAUGUGUGUCUUAAUUUACAAGGGGAAAUCCAACGGAACUUAUUCCAGAGGAGUUGUGUUACGGGGAGAAAGUCCUGGCUCUCUUUUUGUUUACACGCAGGCUAACACCAUUCGCUGGAGGCUCCAGCCACAUAUCCUGGGAUCCUGUGGGCCAAAUAGGCUUCUACAGUUUUAGAACAACAGUGGCAGAGAGCCUUUUCCAUAACAAGGCUCACAUUCCCAUUUGGACAACUUUCUGGGCACCAUGUACCAGUGGGGCCAGAGGCAUGGCUGGGGCCAGAGGCAAAAGAAGACAAUGUAUGGGGUCUUUAUCUAGCAGAACACAAUAUUUGCUGCAAUGAUCAUACAGGAUAUAAAAAGGUAAAGGGACCCCUGACCAUUAGGUCCAUUCGUGGCCGACUCUGGGGUUGCAGCACUCAUCUCGCUUUAUUGGCCGAGGGAGCCGGCGUACAGCUUCCGGGUCAUGUGGCCAGCAUGACUAAGCCACUUCUGGCGAACCAGAGCAGCGCACAGAAACGCCGUUUACCUUCCUGCCGGAGUGGUACCUAUUUAUCUACUUGCACUGUCUGCUUUCGAACUGCUAGUUUGGCAGGAGCUGGGACCGAGCAACGGGAGCUCACUCCGUCGUGGGGAUUCGAACCGCCAACCUUCUGAUCGGCAAGUCCUAGGCUCUGUGGUUUAACCCACAGUGCCGCCUGCGUCCCCAUACAGGAUAUAAGAUGGAAUAAAAAUGUUGUUUUCAUAGAAUCAAAGAAUGAUAGUUGGAAGGGACCACGAAGGUCAUCUAGUACAACCCCCCCUGCAAUGCAGGAAUCAUUUGCCCAGUGUGGAACUUGAACUCACAACCCUGUGAUUAAGAGAUUCAUGCUCUACUGACUUUUGUUUAAGGUACCCCUUUAUCCUCUCUUGGGAUUCGGUGAACUUGGAAGUCUUGUGUCUUAAGAAAGUAAUUUUUUUUAAAAAAAAAAUAAACCUAAAAAAUUUAUUAGUAAAAUAUCCACGAGUAGCAGCAGAAAAAAACAUUAAAAGGUCUGAGCAAAUUUAGAGAUCUUUGUGUGAUAUGCAAAAGUAAUCGGGAAGGCUCCCCUUCAAAGGUAGGCUGCCAUGGCUAAAAAAAGCUCACUUUUGUUUUACUGCUCACCUAACUUCUGAUAGCUGUGUACCUGGAGAAGGACCUCAGGUGGUGAUCUUGGGGCUUAUCUACACCUCCCUUUUGCAGUAAUCUUUCUAGGCACAGGUCUGUGCUUUAAAUCUCCUUGUCUGAGCACCGCCCCCUUUUUUUUCCUUUUUGCUCCGGAGCUUUCCCCACAAAAAAACUGCUCUUUAAAGCUGAAACGGAGCAAACAGCAAUUUGGUUUUUCCAUGACUUGCCGUUUCCUCCGAUUCAGGUGUAAAGAGGGGAUUUUCACAGGGAAAGCUCUGGAGUGAAAACGGAAAAAAAGAGUGAGCACUUGGGACAAGAAGCGUCAACUAGGCCUGGAAAGAGCAGAGAAAAUGUAAGUGUGAAUAAGCUCUUAGAAACCCAGGCAUGUUUGUGUGGGGUCAGGAUAUCCAAGCCAUAUAGGACAUUUCCCCACCCCACAAUCUUAAGGUCUCAAAGCUUAAUUAAAAAACACCACCACAACACCACCAUUCUUGGAGCAGCUUCAAAUCCCAAGCAGGCCAUGUACCACAGUUCCCCAGGACUUUUUGUUGAUUUCAUAAAACGUAUACACCGCCAGAUUGUCAAAAAUCCUCAGUUUACAAAAAAGGCUAAGCAAUAAAAUUAAUGGCUAAGCAAAAUUAACAACAAUCUAAAACAUUCGAAAAGUAAAAAUGGCAAUAGACUUAAGAAACAGAUUAAGAUUCUCAUCAGCUUUCUAAACAUCCAGGUAGUCUUGUGUUUUCAAAAUGUUUUUAGGCAGUGCAUACAAAUGAAGGCAAUACAAAUGAUAUCAAUAGGCAGGGUGUAAAAGCGUAGCUGCCGCAUCAGCUCCUUACAGACGCAGAACAGGUGUUGUGUGGCACCUGUAAUAGUGCGGAUUCCUCUGAUCAAGGAAGUUGAUUGGGCAUGCAUGGGGUGAGGCAGUCGCGCAGGUAAACAGGCCCCAAGUUGUGAAGGGCUGUACCACACGAAAAUGUGACUUUGUGUUUGAAAGCCUCUCAAUGUCAUGCGCUUGUGUAUCACUCCGCUUGUCGUGUCUGUGUGUACGAUUAGUUGGCACAUCAGGAGCUAUUUGAAAAAUGCACACCUGUGUGCGUAUGCAUGUGUUUUUUUAUUUUUAACUUCCCCUGAAUGGUGAGUCAUAGAAAUGAAGGCGAUUAGCCGGGGUUAGACGGCUUAGCAAAUUAGCCAGGGCUCCUUCCCCACCCCGGUCUCCCUUGGUUUUUCUACCAGUCAUGUGGCCACACGCAAGGUAUUAAUAGAACGCUCACGUAGGAGAGCCAUCUGUUGGCAUUCGAAGUUGGCCGGGGAGAUAAACAGACGGGUGGAUCAGUCACCCUCGGCCACUUCCCCGCCUUGAGCUGAUAGUCACACGGUGGUGACAGCGCUGUGUAAGAGGAGAGAGCAGCUGAAGCCAUCUCUUUCUCCUGUUCUUCCCCUCACCCCCCUUUUCCUCCUUGUCCCAUGUGUUCUGGCUUUAUAGAAAGGCGUUGAUAAGUGCAAACAAAUUCUUAUCAUUCUUCCCACUGGGCAAAGCACUUUUCAACCCAUGACUUGAUGUGUUUUAUCAUUAUAACAUGGUCAGAAUUUCAUGGCCGGGUUCAUGACGAGUCCAAACUGCCUGGUGGUGGUGGUGUUGUUCCAACGACGGAGAGCAAGGUGACAAUUCAUGAACAGGACAUGGGGUUUUGGGGGGCGUGAAGGUAUAUUGCAUCUGUACAUGCAGGUUCCUUUUAGCUCUUGCAGCAGAGAUCUUGCAUGUUUGACACUGGCUCAAAUCCUGAGUUACGUUAACAUGGGGAGGUUCAAGGAAGGAAACUUACCUGUUCUCUGUUUUCCACUGCAACUACCUGUGCCUGCAGUAGCAUCUCUAGAGGGUUAGAAAAGAGGGGAAAUCCCUUCUCACUAGGGAUAAGUGAAUCGGUCAAGUACAUUUUCUCAUUUUUCUAAUCGUAGGUUCAUAUCUCCACACUUCCAAACGAGUUUGUGAGUUUUGUUUUCCUUUCCUUUAAAAGGUCCUUGUGGAAAUUCACCAGCAUUGUUUAGUGUCUUACACAGCUCAGGAUCUCAAUACCUUAAGGACUGCCUCUCUCUAUACAAACUGACCCAGGCCCUGCUCUUCUCAUCCAAGGCCCCUUCCCGAGGGGUUCAGAGGGUGACAACAUGAGAAUGGGCCUUUUCUGUGGUGGCUCCCCAUCAGUGGAAUGCUCUCCCCAGAGAGGCCCGCCUGGUGCCAUUGUUACAUUCAGGUGCCAGGCAAAAACAUUUCUCUCUACCUAGGCCUUUAGCCAUUGAAUAACCUAUGGCCAGGUUGAAGGUGUUGGGAGGGGCUGUUAUUUUCAAAGUGUUGAUGCUGACCUUUAAAGCCCUAAACGGCCUUGGUCCUGUAUACCUGAAGGAGCAUCUCCACCUCCAUCGUUCUGCCUGGACACUGAGGUCCAGCUCCGAGGGCCUUCUGGCAGUUCUCUCACUACGAGAAGCCAAGUUACAGGGAACCAGGCAGAGGGCCUUCUCGGUAGUGGCACCCACCCUGUGGAACACUCUCCCAUCAGAUGUCAAAGAGAAAAAUAAGUACCAAACUUUUAGAAGACAUCUGAAGGCAGCCCUGUUUAGGGAAGCUUUUAAUGUUUAAUAGGUUAUUGUAUUUUAGUGUUCUGUUGGAAGCCGCCCAGAGUGGCUGAGAAAACCCAGCCAGAUGGGUGGGGUAUAAAUAAAUUAUUAUUAUUAUUAUUAUAUUAUUAUUUUAUUUUAUUUUAUUUCAUUUUAUCAUAUUGCUGUCCAUUACUAUGCUUUGUUUUAUGUUUUUGUUAUGUUCCAUAAAACGUUUUUAAUGUUGUACACCACCCUGAAAUAUUUUAUUAAAAGGUGGUGUAUAAAUGUUGUUGUUGUUAACGUUGUGGAUUUCUCCCAAUGGGCACACUUUUUAAUGCAGUUUGGGCCAAUACACACAUUAUUGCACACUCCCUGUGUCACAAGACAAAUGAGAGGACCUAUCACCAUCUAUGUUGUGCAGACCUGAAUGGGGACGGCAGACACCAGCAACGUAUCUGCAUCUGAUCUGUGCUGGCAAUGUGUGCAUGCCCUGCUGAAUCAGGACCAGUAACUUCCAUUGCCUUGGAAGACUGACUACCCCCUUAGUCCUCCAACUGUUUUUACAUAUUAUGUCACCGCAUUUGCUCAUAGCAAUCCAUUGCUACACUUUUACUCCCUCCACAUCCUGUUGCAUUUCCUGCUAUGAAAUUCAGAUUGCAAGCUCCCAGGGGGCAGGGACCCUGGUCUGCAUGAAGUUAUGCUUAGUGCUAUAGCAAAUAUGAAAGGAUGUUUCGGAAAUGAGUGUGUCCCCCAAGUUUUUUUUAUGUAGCUGCCCUUGGAGGCUGCAGCUGAACCUCGAAAUAUAGUUGCUUGCUGUAGCAAAAGCAAUUGCCCACAUCGCUCUUUGUGGUUAAGAUGCUCCCAUGUUCAGCAAAGCAGCUUAGAUGACCACAAUCUAUUUUUCUCCUCUGCUGUCAGUUUUAAUGACUUGGCUUAGUAAUUAAGCCAACGAGAAGAGGCAGAAAGAUUGCUAUCGCUUAAGCUGCUGCAUCUGUCUUUCCUUUCUGGCUCUCUUGUCUAUCCAUUCCCACCCUCCCUCCUCCAAAAGAGAGAGAGAGAGAGAGAGAGAGAGAGAGAGAGAGAGUGUCAAGCAACAAACAAGCUUCUGAACUGUUUUACUGUGCAUCACAUGACCAGGAAGCUAAGAUUAGAAAACUGCCUUUGUGCUCUUUAAGGCUGAAUGUCUUUAUUUUUAUCCACAGCUGUUGGAGCUGAUAGCAAAGUCUCAGCUAACGUCACUGAGCGGAAUUGCCCAGAAAAACUUUAUGAACAUCUUGGAAAAAGUAGUGCAGAAAGGUAAAGGCAACAGGCGGGGAGGUGCAAACCUAAGGUUACCAACUUCACAAGCAAUAGGCUGUGGGUUCCUCCAGAUAAGCUGUUUGUUGAACAUUUGAUUUGUUCAAAUAGAGGUCAUUCAAUGAUGAACAUUCGUCCUGGUUUCUUCGUGCGAUGGCUAUGUCUUCCCUUAUUCAUCCCACACUUCUCAGUGCAUUUCCGCAGACCCAGAGUGUUGGAUGAUGACCUGAGAGACCACGGUUCAAAUCCCCAUUGGCAGUGUUAGAAAUUAGCCGGGAGCCAGGCAUUUUUUGCACCUGGCGCAGGUCCAGUUUGCGACCAUGUGGAGAUCUCGGGGUGCCUGUUUGGCGACUGGGGAAAGCAAAAUGUCAGAGAGGGAUCUGAAAUAUUUUCCUUGAAGCUUGAGUUUGUUUUGUCUGGAUGGUUUUGUUUGACGUUUCAAUGUGUUGUAAACUGCUUUGAGAUAAAACGGGGUAGAAAUUAGAUGGAUAAUGGUCAUCAUCAUCAUCAUGGUGGUGAUUCAACCUAGGUUUAAAAUGCCAUUUGGCAAUUAGAUUAUAUAUCUGAGUUUCAAAUGCUGCCAUUCAGCCAUGAAGCUCAUUGGGUGUCCUUGGGCCAUUUGCCAUCUCGUAGCCUAACCUACUUCACAGGGUUGUUGUGAGGGUGAACUGGGGAGGGGGAGGAGAGCCAUGUACACCACAUUGAGCUCCUUCGAAGAAAAGAUGGCAUAUGAUUAUAAUAAAUAAAAAUAAAAUAAAUUUCCUAACUCUGGAAAAGUCCAGUACAGUGGACACUCGGGUUGUAACGUGAUUCGUGCGGGAGGCACAUUCGCAACCUGCAGCGCCACAUCUGUGCAUGCGCGGGUCGCGGUUCAGCGCUUCUGCGCAUACACAAAGCGCCAAAACCUGGAAGUAACCCGUUCUGGUAUUUCCGGGUUCGGUGCAGUGCACAACCUGAAGUGUCCGUAACCCGAGGUAUGACUGUAUUUGUUGAGCUAGGGCAACGGAACACUUUUGUCCACUUCAGAUGGGGUCCUUACUUAGUGCUGGUACCUACACUACAGGCUCGCUUAGGAUGUUCAAGGCCAUAAGUGUGGGAUGCACAACUUGUGUUUUUCAUGGACAAGGGAUUUAGGAGGAAUGGCUUUGGAAUAGCCAUCCCCUGCUGUCUGAGGUGGAGCCACAUCUUGCUGGAGUCAAAGGACAAUAAGCCAAGGGUCGGCAAGGCUUACUGAGCAUGGGCCAGAUCACUCCCACAGAGAUCCUCUGUGGGCCGGACCAGCGCAGCGCGACGCUGGAAAUCAUGUCUGCGCAUGUCCGCAGUGCCUGAAAUUGCUUCUGCGCAUGCUCAGAUGCCGAAAAUUGCACCCUCACAGAAGCAAUUUCCGGCACCGCGGACAUGCACAGACAUGAUUUCCGGCGUCUUGGCAUGCACAGAAACAACAGAGCUGUGGAAGAGAGUCCCCGUGCCGUGCUGCACCGGUUUAGCGCACCGCGCGGGGACUUGCCAAGCAGGCGUCUCAGUUCAGGGGCUGGUUAGACGGCCUUCGGGGGCAGCUUCCGGCCCAUGGGCCUUAGGUUGCUGGCCCCUGCAAUAAGCAAACAUGGUCUCACUGCUAAGAAUAUAAUGCGUGCUUCUUUAGCAUUUUUCGUCUUCUUUGUGUCUCAUUUCAUUCCUUCUCUUUUCCUAUUCAAAAAGUCUUGGAGGAUCAGCAGAAUAUCCGUCUAAUCAGGGAAUUGCUGCAGACUCUGUAUCUGUCUCUGUGCACUUUGGUCCAAAGCGUUGGCAAGUCUGUCCUGGUUGGCAACAUCAACAUGUGGGUCCAUAGGAUGGAGACAAUUCUUCACUGGCAGCAGCAGCUGAACAAUAUCCAAAUCACCAGGGUGAGUGGAGUAUUCUGCUUUGUUUGUUUUCGUGUCGAAAAUGUUGCUUCUUUGCUCUUUCACGAAGCUCUUUUCACACCUUAUUUUUUUUGCAUGCUCUGUCUUUUCCCUCCCAGCCUGCCUUUAAGGGCUUGACUUUCACAGACCUGCCCUUGUGUUUGCAACUGAACAUCAUGCAACGCCUGACAGAUGGAAGAGACCUUGUGAGCCUUGGGCAAGUAGCUCCAAGUCUUCAGGUGCUCAGUGAGGACCGGCUGCUGUGGAAAAAGCUUUGUCACUACCAUUUCACAGACAGACAGGUAAUAAUAAUAGGCUGUUGUAAUCUUGAAACUAUGGGGAGAGUGAUGAUCACAGAAGCAGCAGAAAUACUGAAAAUAAGACCAGGGUUUUGUUUAGUUUUAUUGCCCAGUCGUGAAGCAGGAUAAAUUAGGCGUUUAAAGGCGAACCUGUGUAACUCAGUUUCUGAAACAAUACAUGAACCAUCUUUCAAAAAUCACACUGUUCUGAAGUUUGCUGUUCAGCUCGUCAACCAAACAAAUGUUUGCAGAAAUGAAUGUGUUAGUGAUGGUAACAUGCAGAGUUGCAUUGCAUUAGUAAAAAACUGCUUUGCAAAAAAAGUGUCAAUGAGUCAAAAUUGCAGAUAAAAAUAUGUGUGUUAGGCGAAAUUAGCACUUACAUGCUGAUGGAUUUUCAGGAGGACUUUAAAACACACACACACACGAGUAAACUUUAAUGUGAAUAACUAAAUUUAAGACUGGAAAUAUGAGCAACCUAACUUGACAGAUUAGUCCAUCCAUACUGCCCAGACCAGUCUUGGGUCUUGAAGGUACUUGCCAGCUUUCUGCAAAAUUCCUGAGAGUAUGCCUGUACCAUUCUUAAGUCCUACGGUGGGGAUCCAAAGAAACAAGAUAUCUGCAUUUUCUGCCACCAAAAAGACAAGACCCCACUCAUUUGAAAAAGCGGCUUGCUCCAGAACUCACCAUGAAAAACUCCUGAAUUUCUUAUAACCUAUGCUGAACAACUCUCAGCAUUUAGCAGGCAGCAAUCCUGGUUUUAUCGAUCUGAAUUUAUGUAAAUUUACUACUAUUCCUGUCUCCUACUUAUGCCACACUAGGGUGUUUAAUUUGCUUGGUUGUGGCGUAUAUUCUCUCUGGGGUGGUCUUGGAUUUGCCUGAUCCUCGUUUCACUGUUGUGUGGCUCAUAGGAGAAUAGGAAACUGCCAUAUACAGAGUCAGAUCAUUGAGAUCCGUAUUGCCUAUGAGGAUUGCCAACAGCUCUUCGUGGGGCUUCAUUCAGGGUCUCCCCCUAGCCAAAUCUGGAGAUGCCAAGGAUUUGAACCUAGGACUUUCCGCAUGCAGAACAGGGGCUCUCUCACUCGAGUUGCAGCAGCUGCCUUAAACUAGCCAGUCUUUGGACAAAUUUCCCAGGCCUGUGAUUCCAUUGUGGGACUCUCUUACAUUUCAGAUUCGUAAACGGCUAAUCAUGUCGGAGAAGGGGCAUUUGGAUUGGAAGAAGAUGUAUUUCAAGCUUGUGAGGUGCUACCCAAGGAAGGAGCAGUACGGCGAUUCUUUGCAGCUCUGUAGACACUGCCAUAUCUUGUCUUGGAAGGUAGGUGGCCAGUCCCAAAUCCUCUUGAUGGCUGGAGGUUUAAGCUUGGGGCAGAGGAUAUAUUGCAUGGACUGCAAUUGCAGCAUCUCGCUUGAAGGGUCUUAAAGCUUGAGCUCUUGGACUCUGGGUGGAAUUCAGUGCUACACUCUCCCAGCUGUUCUGCUUGCUAGAUGACACAAUCUCCCCUCUCCUCCUCCAUGCAUUGUUCUGAAGGUUCUCCUGACUUCCACCAGAGCCAGUUUCAUGGAGGUGCAAGAGCCCCACUGCAUGAGCAUAAGUCCUUGCACAGGGGCUGGUUAGGUGACUCCUGUCCUCUGGUUUCUUUGCCUAGUCCGCAAGAUGUCAGUCGCUUUCACGAACCACUCCUUGGUGUUACAACGGUGGAAGCGUUUCUGUUGAGUGGAGAUCUCAGCCAUGCAAUAAACUGAAAGCUUGACAGAUCAGUGUGAGCUAGCAAUCCCUGCCUUGAAAUUCUACUCCAUAUUGAUCUAGAGUAGAUUCCAAUGUAUAGUUAGCAGAGUAAAAACUUAAACACGUUGCAGGACUCCCAAAAAAUAGACAAUUAAUAUUUCAUCCAGCAGAGCUUUACUGCUACUGAAGGCAAAUGAACAUCAUGGUCACAAAUCCAAUACAUUCAGGUUUGGCACUGUCCAUAAGAAAUCCACUUGCAGCAGACUUAAGUUAAACUUACAAUAACUUAUAGUAAGUCUAAACCUUAACACUAAGCAUACUAUGUACAGAACACCACACCAGAAGGAAAAGAGAAAGUGAAACCAGGCUCCUUCUGGCCUUACAGUGGUGCCUCGCAAGACGAAAAGAAUCCGUUCUGGGAGUCUCUUCGUCUAGCGGUUUUUUCGUCUUGCGAAGCAAGCCCAUUGACGGAUUAGCGGAUUAGCGCUAUUAGCGGCUUUUAGCGGCUUUUAGCAGCUUAUCGGAUAAGCAGAUAAGCGGCUUAGCGACUUAGAAAAAGAGGGGGGAAAGGAAAAAAAAAACCCAGGAACUCGCAAGACAUUUUCGUCUUGCGAAGCAAGCCCAUAGCAGAUUCGUUUUGCGAGGCACCUCCAAAACGGAAAACUCUUUCGUCUAGCGAGUUUUCCGUCUUGCGAGGCAUUCGUCUUGCGGGGCACCACUGUACUUUGAUAGUCAGCAUGACCUUGACAGAAAGAGAUAAGAGAACUACAGUGGUACCUCGUGUUACAGACAGGAUCCGUUCCAGAGGCCCGCCCGUAAUGUGAAAAGCCCGCAACUCGAAGCGCCACGUCUGUGCAGGCACACGGCGAGAUUUAGCGCUUCUGCACAUGCGCAAGCGGCAAACCUGGAAGUAACCCAUUCUGGUACUUCUGGGUUGCCACGGGAUGCAGGACGAAAACACGCAACCUGAAGCGGACGUAGCAUGAGGUAUGACUGUAGUUUAAGGUCUGCUGGUUUCUCUCAGACAGAAAAGCUUCCAGAACCCUCUUGAAUGAAGUAGAAUAGGAAGGAUCGCCACACAUCAAAUCAAUACUUUCUGCACUAAGAAAUGCAAACUGACCGUCCCCACCAUACAUUUAAGCAGUCUUAUAACACUUUAACAGUCAUGGCAUCCUCCAAAUAAUCCUGAGAACUGUAGUUUAUCAGGGGUGCUGGGAAUUGUAGCUCUCCGAGGGGUUUCCUGACUCCUCUCAGCAUCCUUAAACCCAUGUUUGUUGCUGUGAUGUGAGUGGAAUAGCCCACAAUGACAAGUUUUGGUGCACUUCCUAAAACUUAAAGACCAUGGUGGGGAAAAGGGAAGCUGUGGUUGGACUCCAUGUCCCAUCAGCCCUGGCCAACAUGGCCAAUGGUCUGGGAUGAUGAUGAUGAUGAUAUAAAUAAAUUAAAAAUUUAUUUAUAUCCCACUUGCCCUGGCCAGGGCCGGGCUCAGGGCGGCUAACACCAAAUAUAAAUUAUAAUAAAACGUAAUAGAAAAACAACAACAACCAGUUAAUUAAAAUACGACUUAAAAUACAGCUUAAAAUGCAGCCUCAUUUUAGUAAGGUAAAGGUAAAGGGACCCCUGACCAUUAGGUCCAGUCGUGGCCGACUCGGGGGUUGUGGCGCUCAUCUUGCUCUAUAGGCCAAGGGAGCCGGCGGAGAGCUUCCAGGUCAUGUGGCCAGCAUGACUAAGCCGCUUCUGGUGAACCAGAGCAGCACACGGAAACGCCAUUUACCUUCCCGCCGGAGUGGUACCUAUUUAUCUACUUGCACUUUGAUGUGCUUUCAAACUGCUAGGUUGGCAGGAGCAGGGACCGAGCAACGGGAGCUCAUCCCGACAUGGGGAUUCGAACCGCCGAACUUCUGAUCGGCAAGUCCUAGGCUCUGUGGUUUAACCCACAGCGCCACCCGCGUCCCCCCUCAUUUUAGUAGUAGCCCAUAAAUCAGGAAAAUAAAGGGAAGAAACAUCAGAUAUUCACCCGAGCCAGCUAUCCAUGCUGGUCCUACAUGGGCCAGCAAAAAAGCUAAGGGAAAAUUUGCAUACCAAAUCCCAUAUAAGGGGUCAGAGUGAGUCUAAGCUGAAGGCCAGGCGGAACAGCUCCGUCUUGCAGGCCCUGCGGAAAGAUGUCAAAUCCUGCAGGGCCCUAGUCUCUUGUGACAGAGCGUUCCACCAAGUCGGGGCCAGUGCUGAAAAGGCCCUGGCCCUAGUUGAAACCAAUCUAACCUCCUUGAGGCUUGGGACCUCCAAAGUGGUGGUGGUUAUGGACCUUAAGGUCCUCCGAGGGGCAUACCAGGAGAGGUGGUCCCAUAGGUACGAGGGUCCUAAUUGUAGCUCCGAGGUUCCAAGUUCCCCAUAUCUGAUGCAUGUGGCCCAACAGCCACUUGUACUACGUUGACGGCAUGAGUGACUUGGCUGAGCUUGCAGCUUGUGCCUCCAGCAGCAGCAGCAAAACUCCCCUUGCUGCAAGUAAGCUGUUUUAUUGUUGCUAAGCUACCUACAGAUAUGCCAUCAACAUUGGUACCAUCUCUAUACAACCAGAUUUUCUUCCUUUUCAGGGCACCGAUCAUCCAUGCACGGCUAACAACCCAGAAGGCUGCUUGACUUCUCUUUCACCCCAGGACUUCAUCAACUUGUUCAGAUUUUGAAUCCCCAAGUAAUUUCACUGUGUAAAUAUUUUGCUACUCUGAUGGGACACUUUAUACUGCCAAACAGGCUCGCUCAACCUGUAUAUUGUGUGUAAAUAUUACGGCUUUGGAGUUCCUGAGUCAAGAGGACAAGAGGAUUUUAGGAGGCGAAGGGAGUCAUUAUUCAGUGGCAUUGAACUCUUUUUGAGAAUAUGGCCUUCCAACUGAACUGAUAAAUGUGUAAACACUGUAAAUAUAUGAUGCUUUGUAAGAAUCUGAGUGCAAGCAACUGGGGAGAAUCCUUAUUCUGCUUAGGAAAUUCAAAUUUGUUUUGUUUUUGUUUUUUUGCAUCCGUUUGAAAUGUCUCUGGUUUCAAAGCCUAGAGAAAUUAAAACACCAUGCUUAGGCUAAAGCUGUUGAACUACUUCCCGCUCUGGGUUUUGUUUACAAUAGAUAUUUAUACAGAAGACAUUUUUAGAAUCGGUAGCUUACAGGGGCAUAGCCCUUUAUCCUUUAAGAUAAAAUAAAAAUCAAUGUAAAAUGUACACACCACACCAUUUUCUACCUCUGAAAAGCUUUGCAGCCAACCCGAUAUGCAAUGUGAAGUGUUUGUACUUUGUAGAGAUUUAAAGGGGGAAGUUGAUGGCAAAAGUAGACUUAACUCCUUUUUAUUACUGCUUAAGAGUCUGCUUGCUCUUUUGUUCGAAAAGCCUGGUUCUCAGAAAUUUGGAAAGGCUCCAGCAGAACAGUGGGCCUGUUGUGAUUGCUGGUAAAACAACAAACACGAAGAAGAAUUAAUGAUGGAGAUUCUAGUUGGUGUGUCACAUCACAUCGGCCCUGCAUAUUUUCUAGAGGCCUGCUGUUGUUGUUGCUGUCAGUCUCUCUCCAAUACAGUGCCCAAAUUCACAUGUCACACUGAGCCCAAACUGGCUUAGCAUGAAUGCUUGGGUGUGGGAACGGAGAUCGCAGCCACAUUGCUCCUCUGGAGUCAUUCAGCUACUGUGCUGAACUAAACCACAGUUUGGAUUAGCAUGUCUUCCAAACCUAGUCUUAUGGCUAAGCUCUGUCCAGACCAGGCAUAGGCAAAUUCGCUCGCCAGAUGUUUUGGGACUACAACUCCCAUCAUCCCUAGCUAACAGGACCAGUGGUCAGGGGUGAUGGGACUUGUAGUCCCAAAACAUCUGGAGCGAUGAGUUUGCCUGUGGUUAGUCCAGACUAACCACAAGCUGUACCCUAAGGUCUGCCCUGUGGUUUACAGCUUACGGGUUGUGUGGAAGAUCUAUACCACAAGCCCGGGUUCAAGCAACAUGCGCAAGCAAGCCAUGGCUUAGCUCUCAGCGCGAUGGAGCAGCAGAAUGACCAGGGAGGAACGAAGGAGCUGCAAUGUUGCCUCCAGGACUGGUUGACUUUGCAUACGUACAAAUACAUUGUGCUGUGAAAGUGGUGUAGCAAGCCUUGCUUUUUGCAACGAGACGUCGCUUGUCUGUUCUCGGGCAAGCUCUAAUGUGCAAUACAUUCUGCUAUGUAGGCUUUAAGCUCUGUGGAGCUUGAAUGUGGAAGAUCCACUCUUUGGCCGGUGCCUGUGUGACAUGAACCCACCUCCUCCUUCCCACACACCCCCAGAACAAUUUUGCAACUUCCACAUCACCCGCUCUCAAACUGUAGAACCCGCUGGGAUGGGAUUAAACCUGAGGCUUUCUGUUUGCAAAGUGGAUGCUCCUACCGCUGCCUUUCUCCUUCCUUGCAGAACCGGCCCAGUAUUAAAUUAAUUGCAGGGGAAACACUAAAACUCCACCAAAGGUGGAGGACUCGCUUCUGUCCCCUAAAUAAGUGUCAAUGUUGGAUUCUGAGAAGUGUGUGGCCUAGAGAACUGUAGAAGAGCUAUUACCUUUUGCUUGAAUAAGACCACAGGCAGGUGUGUGCAUUAAGAAUGUCUAAACCCCCAUGAGGCACAUGUAUCUGUGCUUAGCCUAUGUUGGUACCACACAUGGUCUAAUAAAGGGUACAGCUGCACUCAAACAAGCUACAUUAUCCAAAGAACCAACAUGAUGAAAGUUGCCCUGUGUCGUGUGAAAACGUUUCUCCUUUGGAGCUGCUGCUCCUAUAUACUGUAUCGGGUUUGGUGCUGAAACACAGAAAUUCAAUGCACAGGGAUGUAAAAGAUUUCAAAUAAUCACGAUCAUUUUAUUGGUAUUAUUCAAAGCAGUAAACCAAAACAAAGGUACAGUCUGACAUCAGGGUACGUGCAUAAAAUACCCUUUUUUGGGGGCUAAGAUUUAAUAUAGAAGCACAGGUUUUCAACGACGCUAAGGGUUGUUUAGGGGCAUUGCUGGAGCCAGCAAGUUGCGGAAAUGAAGUGAAGUUGGAACAGGGAAGUGAGAGCAGAGGCGUUGGUGGUGGUUGACGUGAGGAGUUGGUAUAACUUGUUAUGGAACUGAUGUAUUUGCCAUGUGGUUGUGUCUUUCAGGAAAUGAAUUUAGCAGCCUAUAUAGUUUAGGAGAGUAGAUGAUGGGUCUGAGUGUAAGCAGAAAGUGGCUUUUGGUGUUUAGACGAUGCGUGAAUGAAAGAGGGAGGAGAUUCAGUGGUCCCUUAGAUUGAAUGGGAUGUUGUCCCACCAACAAUCCUGUCUUCCCUCUGCCAAUUCCAACUCCUUUCUUACUUGCAUCCACUAGCUAUCGGCUUCCUCCUCCAUGGUCUCAGCACUGCCAUGAUAGAACUUGGUAGCUGGGAGGAUGGGGGCAAACCUAGAAUGAGUUGGCUGUGCCUGUCAUGGGCUCUGGCGCCACCUACUCUUGGCCUCCCUGCCUUCUGCCCUACCAGUACCAAUGGGUGCCAGCGACCACUAAAGGGACUGCUUACAUGUAUGUGCCGACUCGUUUUUAUUAUGAAGCCCAUUAAAAUAAAAAUAAAAAUGGUAGGGUAACAUUUCUGGACCUAUCGAGCAUUUCCUACAUCCAAACUAGCCUCUGGCAAACAAAUUCUCCUGGUUUAUAUUAGGAUAGGACUUUUUUUUUAUUUUUACGAAAUGUGUGAGUUUUAUACUAGAGAAGCACUUAUUCCACCCGUUGUUAGGGGGAGUUUUGUAUGCACCUUGUAUAUAUUAUUGUUUAGCUAUUGGAUGAAUCAGAAUCUCUUUCAUGUGCCGAAAAACAUGCAUGCAGGUGACCAAAAACCCUCAAUGGUGCCUCAGGUCAUUUUGGGAGCAGUUUGGUUGGCAAGUAUGGACUCUUUGUAUGACAUAAAAUCAGAUGCUGGGGCACCUGUAGGAUGGAUACCUGUGGAUAUGUAGUACUGUACAACUUCAGACACCAAACUCCUCCUUGAGGGCAUCCCAACAGUUAACUAACUUUGCCUCCUUACCAGAUUUAUCUGACCCUGGAUGGCUUAAGCUGAAACAAACCAGGAUCCUUCCAAGUGCAGUUAAGUCUCUCGCAAAACUGACGAGAUGUUCCUGGGCUUGAAACUUGUUGUACGGGCGGGCGAAGGGGGAAAUGUUGGCACAGAUUUCCGUGCAACCUGUCGCAAGGCUCAUUUUAACGACCCUUCUUGCAUCUUGCCAUAAACCCGUCUAUUUAAUUGAAACCACUCCUCUCGCUAGCUGACUCGUUGGCGAAAACAAUGAGUUGCUGUCAAUGUGAUGCCUUUAUGACUUAAAGUCAUGCUCCCUUUUUUUUUUUACAGAUGAAGUUAGCUCUUUCCCCCUCCACCCCUAUUUUAGAAAAAUUGUUAAGCAUCCUGGAGUUCUGCCUGUGACAUACGUGAGGCAAAAUACUGACCAGGUUGUUUUUUGAACCCUUUUUUUUAAAUGUAACUGCAGUCAUAAAGACGUUUUCCAACUGGAAGUGACAAAGAGCUCCUUUAGCUUUCAGAUGCUGUUGUGUCUGGAAAAUGCCCCCUUCUCAUUCCAUCGUCAGAACCCAGUCUUAUGUCAUUUGUACAGGUUUUAUGUCCAACGAACAUACAAUUGCUGGAUUUUCACCCAUUGAACAAUCUCCAUCUAUAGCGUCUUAACUCUGGGAAUUUGCACUUGGAGGAGUACUGCUGCAAAAUGUGAAUGUAGUGUAGGGAAAACCUCUUGAAGGCAAUGGGCUUGAUCCUGAUGAACUAAAGGCCCGUUGAUUUCAGGGUUAACAAACUUGGGUGCACAAUCCUAUGGUUCCUCGUAGUGUCCCAAGGGCCAUACAAUAUGGCCGAUCUUGUAUUCUGUGGGCAGAGAGGGAAAUCUGCCCUCGUAUGGGGGGGAGGUUCCUCCCAGCCACCGUGGAAAGAACUGGUGCUAUUGCGGGCAUAGGCAAACUCGGCCCUCCCAAUGUUUUGGGACUACAACUCCCAUCGUCCCUAAUGGCACCAGUGGUCAAGGAUGAUGGGAGUUGUAGUCUCAGAACAUCUGGAGGGCCGGGUUUGCCUAUGCCUGUGCUAUUGCUUCCCCUUCCCCCAAAUUGGAGCUCUGAUGGUGAAGAGGACGAAAAGGCAGAGGCGAAUUAGAGGAGGGGUGCCAUGGGUCAUUUUCCUGACAUGACCUUGGGACGGUGAUGAAUGUUCACUGGCCCUUAACUGGCUUUUCUUCUUAUUGGAAUCAAUGGAUAUGGUUUGUUCUCUUUGAGAGGAUAAAACCAUAGGUUUCCCUUCUGUAGAACAUCCAGCAAAUAGAAUGACAAUCUCAGUACACUUCCACAAAUCGCUCCCAAAAGAAUUCUCUCCCUGUUCCAGACAUAUUUUCCAGGCAUUUCCGCCCCCCCCCCAAUUAAUUGCAGCCAGGAAUUGGGGAGCAAUUCGAUCCAGUUAGCAUUUAAAGGCAAAUUUGCCCCAUAUCUUGAAGCAAUACGUGAACCGGAAAAAAGCCAUCUUUGGAAAUUUGCACUUUUCUGAAAUUUUGCAGCUCGAUUCUCCAGUCAAGCGAGGUGUGCGAAAAUACAUUCUCUAAGAGGAAAUUGAUUUUUGGGGCUUGGGGUGUAUGCAUCUAUUAGGAGAAAUUAGCAUGGAAAUGCUGGUGAGUUUUCAUGAGGGUUUUUUUAAAAAAGAAUUGCAAAAUGUUGUGGAAGGGCGGAGAACUGAAUUUGAGGGGUUUUUAAAAAAAUAAAAUAAAGAAAACUUGGGAGAACCGAAAUGGAUAGAUUUCUUCAUCCCUGACAGGAUGGAGAACAACAAUCUGAAGAUACAGCCAUAAGACCCUUGUAGCAUUCCUACAUCCAGGGGCCUCCAUCCUUACGUUCAAUGGAUCUCUGAGUUUGGGAUUAGUAGUAUGUGCCACAUUGGGGAAAGCCCUCAGAACCCUUUACUCCAGAAUGACCUUGUUGGUUACCAUCAGAUCUUCUCCAGAGUACUUUGGCUGGGAUUUGUGGCUGUACACCAGAGAUGAGGAACCUGUUGUCUUUCAGCAUGUCAAGGAUGAUCCAAAAUGUCCUGAAGGACCACUGGUUGUCCAUCUUUGCGCUGCACCAAAGAUGCCAUGACAAAGUAUGUUGGCAUCAGCGGAGUUCAGCUGCAGCCUCUGUAAAGCAGUGGUGGUAAAAGCUCUCCGCCGUUGCCUUGUAGAAAUGAGAAUCGUUCCAUUCAUUCAGAAUCGUUCAUUGUUUGGAAACUGGGGGAAAGGGAGAGGCAUCCGUUUGGCCCUCCGGCUCCUUCAGCCCUUUUCCCUCUCACGUACUGUCUUGACAGAAAAAAGUUAUAUUUCACUCUACAUCAUGCCAAUAGGCCAGCUCAAGAAUGAAUUAUUUUCUUUUUUUUAAAAAAAAAGAAAAUCAAGUUUUUUUUAAAGAACUCCAUUGCCAUUAAUAAUAUAUAGCUGCCUAUAUUUGUCUAAAAGUGGAAACUUUACUUGUUUAAAGGAGGUUUACUUUCAUGUAGCUCAAUAGGGUGGUUCAGAGGUUGAAAAGCAUACCUUGUUGUGUAAUUGAAACCCUUUUUGUGUAUAAUGGGGUGCUUGAAAAUCUUUUCAUAUAAAUGUCGCACAUUCUUUUCUUGCAUGUUCAGCCGUUUUUGAUUUUUACAACUGUUUGGAACAAGCAGCGAUGUAAAAAGAUUUUUUGUAAACUUUUUUGACACUGAAUUAUAAAUAAAAUGUUCAGAAAUUAUG